AUGAUUCGUUUAUGUACAACUUCAUUAUGGGACAAAAAUGCCACUCAUUCAUCAUAUCCAUAUUUAACCGAAUGCUUUCGAAAUACAAUUUUACAAUGGGUUCCUAUCAGUAUAUUUUGGUUAAUUUUACCAUUGUGGCUCUUUGUAUUAAACAGACGACAAAUAAAAUCGCAAUCACUUAUAGUUUCUAGACUAUUCAUUAAUAAAAUGAUUCUCACUUGUCUAUUUAUUUUCUUACAACUGAUUCAUAUUAUAAAUUAUUUCGUUCCGUCAACAGAAGUAAAAGAUUUUGUUUAUCUUUUUACUCGAAUAUUAUAUUUAAUAACAACAAUUUGUAUUCUUUGGCUAAUCAAUUAUGAUCGAUUGAAAAAUAUUUUUUCUUCUGGUUUACUUUUUAUCUAUUGGCUAUUAGUUUUAUUAGCCACUAUACCUGAUCUAAUUGAUUAUUCUAUUAAAAUUUAUCAACAAAUUCAAUCACUAUCAUGGUGGAUAAAAUUUAUCGCUGCUUGUCUUCAAUUUUGCGUAGUAUUAUGUUUAUUUAUCGCAAAUUGUUUUGCUGAAAAAUAUAAUGCUCCUGAAGCAACACUUCAUGAACGACCACUUGUUCCUGAAUUCUAUGCAAGUUUUCCAUCUCGAAUCCUUUAUUCAUGGGUAACACCAUUGAUUCUUAAAGGCUACAGAAAGCCACUUACAGAAAAGGAUUGUUGGGAAUUGCCAAUGUUUGAACGAACUGCUACUGUUGUUGAUCAAGUACGAAAUUAUAUGAAAUGUUGGAAAUUAAACACUCAAUACGAAAAAAUAUCCAUGAAAAAGAUUCAAAUUUUGGAUUCAAAUCCAUUAGAAGAUGAACAUCGAAAUUUACUGAAUAAUAUCGAUUUUACGGACCUGAAUAAACCAAAAUGGUUGGGCGUGUUCUAUGCUAGUCUUCUAAGCAUAGUUGUUUUUUGUCAAAUAAUACUUUUACGAGCUUAUUUUCAUUGCCAAUUUCUUGUCGGACUUCGAUUCCGUUCGGCAAUUACUGGACUUAUCUAUCGUAAGAGCUUGAAACUAUCAAAUGCAUCUAAACAAGAGACAACAACUGGUGAAAUUGUUAAUCUAAUGGCUAUAGAUGCUUCACGAUUUGCUGAAGUAACACAACAUAUUCAUGUUCUGUGGUCAGGACCGUUUCAACUUCUAAUCGCAUUGAUUUUACUCUAUCGAGAAAUGAAAUUUUCAAUAAUACCUGGAGUUACAUUAUUAUUUAUAAUGAUUCCAACGAAUUUAUACUUACAUCGAAUUCAAAAGAAACUUACAUUUAAACAAAUGAAAAUAAAAGAUCAAAGAAUUAAAAUGAUGAAUGAAAUACUCAAUGGAAUUCGAGUAUUAAAGUUAUAUGCAUGGGAAGUAGCAUUUAUUCGUUCUAUAACUCGUAUUCGAGAUGAAGAACUUGGAUACAUACGAAAAAAAGCUAUACUAACUGCAAUAUCCAAUAUCCUUUGGACAUUUACACCAAUUCUUGUCGGCAUACUGACAUUUGCGACUUAUGUGCUUUCAUCCGACACGAAUAUUUUAACAGCUGAUAAAGCAUUCGUAUCAUUAGCAUUAUUUAAUUUACUUCGUAGUCCACUUGUUGUUUUUCCUAAUGUUAUGACGAAUGUGGUUGAAGCACGUGUAUCGAAUAAACGAAUUGAAAACUUUUUGAACAAUGAAGAGAUCGAUGAAGAUGCUGUUGAUAAAAUAUCUAUGGAUUCUAAUAAAUAUGCAGUGAAAAUUGAAAAUAGUUCCUUUCGUUGGUCGAAUCUUGUUGAUGAUCCAAUAAUUUUAAAAAAUAUUAAUAUGCAAAUUGAACAAGGCUCACUGAUUGCAUUUAUUGGCAUGGUUGGAUCAGGCAAAAGUAGUAUUCUAGCAGCAUUACUUGGUGAAAUAAAUAAAGUUCACGGUCAUGUGAGUAUUAGCGGAACUAUUGCUUAUGUACCACAAACAGCAUGGAUUAUGAAUACAACAUUGAAAGAAAACAUACUUUUCGGAAGAGACUUUGAUAGACAUUUAUACAAUCGUGUCAUAGAAGCUUGUGCUUUAAAACAAGAUCUUGAUAUGCUUCCGGCAAAUGAUGAAACUGAAAUUGGUGAAAAAGGUAUUAAUUUGUCUGGUGGACAACGACAACGAGUUUCAUUAGCUCGAGCAUUAUAUAGUAAUGCUGAUAUAUUUCUUCUUGAUGAUCCACUUUCAGCUGUUGAUGCACAUGUCGGUGCUCAUAUUUUCAAAAAUGUCAUUGGACCUAAAGGAUUAUUGUAUGGAAAAACUCGUCUUUUGGUUACACAUGGUAUAUCGCAUUUAAGUAAAUGUGAUGAUAUUAUUGUUGUUUCACAAGGUGAAAUUAUUGACCAUGGAUCAUACAAUGAUUUAAUGAUUAGAAGUAGUAUAUUACAAGAUUUUGUUAAUUCCGUUCCUACAUCGCACGAUGAGGGCUAUCAACGUCAAACAAGCGACCUCGAAAGCUCAAAAAGUAUUCCUACAACUCCAUUAGAAUUAAUUGCAAAUCCAUUUGAAAGCAUUGAACAUGAUACUCAACAAAAUGAAUUACAACCAAUAAUCAAUGAAAUAGCAGAAGAAAAGAGAAAAACCAUUGAGAAGGAAUUCGUACAGACAGGUUCGGUAAAGCUUAACAUAUUUUUCAUUUACAUUCGUUCAUGUAAACUAUUCAUGGUUGGAUUAGUUAUGAUUUUCUUUGGUUUAACUAUAUGUGCAUCGUUGAGUACUAAUAUUUGGUUAUCGAAAUGGACCGAUACAGUAAAAUCAAAAACUCUAACAAAUAAUACAUCAUCACGUAGUAAUCAAAUUUAUUAUAUGAAUAUUUAUUCAAUAUUGGGACUUAUUCAAGGUUUUCUUAGUUUUACUAUGCAAUUAAUACAAAAAUUUGCUUCAUAUAUUGCUGGUAGAAAAUUACAUUGGAUGAUUCUAAUUGGAAUUCUUCAUGCACCAUCGUCUUUCUUUGAUACAACACCAAUUGGUCGUAUUAUUAAUCGGUUUUCUAAAGAUAUUGAUGCAGUAGAUUCAACAUUACCUAAUGGCUUUUCUCAAUCACUCACUGUAUUUAUUACAGUUAUUGCAACAUUAAUAAUACUCAUCUAUGGAUCAUGGUUUGCUCUCAUUGAAUUAUUACCCCUUGCUUGUCUUUUUAUAUAUAUUCAGCGCGUUUAUGUGUCAUCUUCUCGACAACUUCGCCGUCUCGAUUCUAUUACACGUAGUUCGAUUUAUGCAAAUUUUAGCGAAACAAUUCAAGGACUUACUUCAAUUCGUGCUUAUCAAGCACAACAACGUUUCAUUGAUUUAUCCGAUAAAUUUAUGGAUAGAAAUCAAUCAUGUCAUUUAGCUAGUUCUGUUGCUAACAGAUGGCUUGGUCUUCGUUUAGAAAUGAUUGCUAAUUUAUUGACAUUAUUUACAGCUAUAACGGCUGUAUUUAUGCGUGAUCGUUUGACAGCUGGUACCGUUGGUUUAAUGAUAACAUUUGCUCUACAAAUUACACAUUCGCUCAAUAUGCUUGUUCGCGUAUCAAGUGAUGUUGAAACAAAUAUUGUUAGUGUAGAACGUAUCGAUGAAUAUGCUAAAUUGAAAUCGGAAGCUUCAUGGGAUAUUCAGUCAGAAAAACCACCGCCGUAUUGGCCAAUAAAAGGAAAUAUUCAUAUUACAAACUUAUCAACACGUUACAGAGAAAAUUUGCAGUUGAUAUUAAAAGAUUUAUCUAUUGAUAUUCAAUCUGGAGAAAAAAUUGGAAUCAUCGGUCGAACGGGUAGUGGAAAGAGUAGUUUGUGUUUAUCUCUUUUUCGUAUUAUUGAACCAACAAAUGGCACAAUAUUUAUUGACAAUGUUGAUAUUCAGCUUAUUGGUUUACAUGAUUUACGAUCAAAAAUUACUAUUAUUCCACAAGAUGCAGUUAUUUUUGCGGGUACUAUACGAUUCAAUAUCGAUCCAUUCAGUAAUUAUAGUGAUACGGAGAUAUGGAAUGUAUUAGAGUUGGUGCAUCUCAAAGAACGUAUUCAUAUGAUGGAAAAUGGUUUGUCAUAUCUUUUAGCAGAAGGAGGUCAGAAUAUGAGUGCUGGUGAGAAACAAUUAUUAUGUUUGGCACGUGCUCUGUUAAGGAAAAGUAAAAUAUUUAUAUUUGAUGAAGCAACGGCUGCUAUUGAUAUGGAAACCGAUCGACUUAUUCAACAGACGAUUCGUUCAAGAUUUAAAGAUGCAACUGUAUUGACUAUUGCUCAUCGUUUACAUACAAUUCUAGACAGUACAAAAAUUCUUGUUUUAUCCAAUGGUAGUUUACAAGAAUAUGAUGAACCAAAACGCUUAGCUGCUGAUUCAAAUUCAGCAUUUGCAAAACUUUUAAGUGAUGCUAAUAUUCAUCUAUCUGAUAUUGGGUCAAUCAAUUUAUCGUGA